GGCACGAGAUCCACGAGAGCGACGCAGCGGACGCAGUGAUCAGCUGUCAUGGCAGUCACGAUUCUUGCGGAAUAAAAGGGACCAAGUGUUGUUAAAAAAUAAUCUCCGAUGCACUGUACCGGAAGAUGAUAGCCGACACAUCAAUUCUUUAACGCGCUUGGUAGCUUAGCCAAAAAAUGUUUCGUAUUUUUCGGUGUAACCUCCGUAAUCGGUUCCCCGAGUUUCUUUAUUUAACAACAAAUUAGACCUGAAUUAUUUAUGUGAAAGGCUUCGAAACAUAAAGGUAAAUUUAAUGAUCCCAUGGGUGCGUGAUCAAAUAGCGGAGGCCUGGCAUAAUAGAAAGAGUUCAAGGGCAGCUGACAAGCGGUCCUUGGCCCUUUCUUCUGUCAGCACAGGCAAUCCUGCAGGCAAUAACACCAUGCUUACGCCAUUACCUACCUCACCUGAAAAUUUUUCCAUCAACGUCAUCAGCAUAGAGGGAAAUGUAUUGGAUGUUACGGUGAAACCAAAUUUCACUGUAGAAAAUAUUAAGAAAAUAGCAGUGGUACAUUUUUACGGUCAAGACACAACCAAACCCAUCUCACGCUAUCGCUUAGUUCAUUCGUCCAAAUUUAAACAGCUUGCGGAUGAAAAUUAUGUAGAUGAUGAGGAUAUUAAUGAAUAUGAUGAAUUAUUAUUAGUGGAAAUACGAUCGACCACCAUACAAGAAAAUCUUUCAGAUGAAGCUCUUAAAGGUCCAAAUUUAGAAGCAAUAGCUCGAGCUACGAGUGAUCUACCUAAUCUACAAAAUGCACCUAAGCCUGUGCCAUCUACAGAAUGUCCUGCAGAUUUCCAGAAUGAAAUCCGUAAGAUUUUAAUAACCCUUGUAGAAGCGUCUGCAAAGAUCUUAAUGUAUAGUCCCGAUGCUGAAAAAUUAUAUGACGUUAUUAAGGAGAAACUCGAAGCUAGAUGCAAGCCUAUUAAUGAUCCAAAAGUCGUAAAAACUCUUAUAGAAAUGGGUUACCCUCACAAAAAAGUUCUCAAAGCGUUACGUCUUCGAAAAUCGAAUAUGACAGAAGCUUUAGAAUGGCUCAUAGAACAUCAAGAUGAUUCAGAUGAUGAAGACGAUGAUUUCUUGUCUGUGGAUACAAUGACAGAUACAAAUAUUGCAAGUCCUAGUUUCUCAAUGGGUGUUAAGAAAAAAUUAUUAAAAGAUGCAUGUUUGGAAUUGUUUGAAACAGGAAAACAGGAUCAAAAAGAAAAAAAUCUGAUACAUAUCGUAGAAUUAUUAUUGCAAAGUUUCCGACAAUAUAAAAAAAUGGAAUUUAAACCUAAUAAAAGAGCAAUGCGGUCGCUUGUAGAAAUGGGCUUUGAAGAGAAGAAUGUUAUAGGAGCACUAAAAAUUACUGGAAACGAUCAGGCUAAUGCUUGUGAGUGGUUGUUGGGCGAAAGGCGACGUAGCUUACAAGACUUGGAUGAGGGUCUUGAACCUGAUGGUCUAAUUUAUAAAGCAAUUAUGGCUAAUCCUCAUAUUCAGCUUAGUCUUACAAAACCCAAGAUGUUACUCGCAUAUUUAUCAAUGAUAGAAACACCUGCCUCGGCAAACGUAUGGAUUAACGACCCUGAAAUUUCACCUGUGCUUAGCCAAAUAUCUAAGACAUAUCACACCGAAAAACAUGCCAUCCAUAUGAAUCGUUAUACCUAGUAUUACGAUAAAACUUAUUUGAGUCUCUGUAAAAUACAUAUUUUUAUAUAAAUUUAUAAUUAAUUUUCGCGGAGAUAUCAAUCACCGAUUAGUAAUCAGUUAUAAUUAUUACAAUUUUAAUUAUAUAUAAUUAUAUUAUAUAUUAUAAUUACUGCUAGUUAAUUAUUGUUAUAAUUAUAACUGCCGCUAGUUAAAGAACUAUUAUCAUAUUUAUGAAAAUCUCAUGGGAUAUUCACUCGCAAUACGCUAUAAUAUGUAAUCAAUCACACAUCAUUUGAUUUCCAUAUACAGUGCAGAGCUUUCGACGUUGUCGACAAAUUGCUUGGUGUUGACAAUUCUUAGAGAAAGAAAACGUGCUUUAAUAUAUAUGAAAACAAAAAAUUGUUAUUUUAACAUGUAAUAUAUAAAUUCUUAUAAUAAAAUCGAAUUCGUGUCAAAUACCUAUGCUUUUCCGUUCUCCAAAUCGAGAGCUAAUCAGACAUGUGCUUCUACAGAAUUAUACAAUAUGUUGAAAUAUAAAGUCGCAAAAUAAAUUUAUUAUAAAUUAAA